GCCCCGGGGCGGCGAGGGGCCGCAACGGUGACGACUGUGGCAGAGAAGGCCCGGAGGGGCUCUGCGUUCUGUAGUGGUGCCGCUUGGGCCCGUGGCGGAUUGCAAGCUGCUGGUUUUGCGGCUGGGGAGAGCGGCGAGAGGGUUCGGCAUUUUUCGUCGGGAUCCCCGCAAGGAUGAGUGCUGCCAGAGAGUCUCACCCGCAUGGGGUGAAGCGUUCAGCCUCCCCAGACGACGAUCUGGGAUCUAGCAAUUGGGAGGCAGCAGACUUGGGUAAUGAAGAGAGAAAACAAAAGUUCUUGAGACUUAUGGGUGCAGGAAAGAAAGAACAUACUGGUCGUCUUGUUAUAGGAGAUCACAAAUCAACAUCUCACUUCCGAACCGGGGAAGAAGACAAGAAAAUUAAUGAAGAACUGGAGUCUCAAUAUCAGCAAAGUAUGGACAGUAAAUUAUCAGGAAGAUAUCGGCGACAUUGUGGACUUGGCUUCAGUGAGGUAGAAGACCAUGAUGGAGAAGGUGAUGUGGCUGGAGAUGAUGAUGAUGACGAUGAUGAUUCACCUGAUCCUGAAAGUCCAGAUGAUUCUGAAAGCGAUUCAGAGUCAGAGAAAGAAGAAUCUGCUGAAGAACUCCAAGCUGCUGAGCACCCUGAUGAAGUGGAGGAUCCCAAAAACAAAAAAGAUGCAAAAAGCAAUUAUAAAAUGAUGUUUGUUAAAUCCAGUGGUUCAUAACUCCCAAAUGCUUAGUCUUUGUAUUAAAAGUAAGCCUUAUUGUUACAAUGCACAGUGGAGGACUGCUUAUAGAGCACAGACCUUUGUAUUAUAAUUUUUAAAAAGGCCCUUUUAAAUAAUUACAAAGAGUGUUUGCUUUCAAAUGCCAUGGGUUACACUUUUAUGGGCAUGACUAUAACCAUUUUUGUAAAGAGUAAGAGUUGUAUAAAAUAAGAAAUAAAUACAGUACUCAACUUCCUUUCAUAUUAGCAUCAUCAACCCUCUAAUUCACCUUAUGGGGGAAAUGCUUCUUUUUGUUUGUGAUAGCUAUUUUAUCAUUUCCUUCAUAUUUUUCUCUUAUAAAAAUGUAUUUGAUACUGUGAUAUGUUCACGAAAAGUAUUCUUUAAUUAUUCUUUGUUAUAGUAGAGCUGUUCAUUAUGGAUAUUUCUGCUGCCAGUCACAAUCUAAAUUAAUUUUGGCAAAAGAUUGGGUACUUAGUUUCCUGUUACUGAGUUAGCUCUACUCUUUUGGACCAAAGCAACAUGAGAGCAAGUACUUUUCACACUUGUUAAGAUGGAGUUACAACUGUCAUACAUUUGGAAUAUUAUGAUCCCAAGUAGUCUUUUUAUAAUUUGGAUUGUAUCGUAUGUUAGAUUUUUGAUAAAAUUUGGCCAAUUUUUACAGAAGAAAUUCUCUGAUCAUUUAGUUCUAUCUAUUUAGAAAUAUGUAAAACUGGAUUUUUUUUUUUUAAGUAAUAUGUGACCAAAGUUAAUUUUGUCCCAAAGGUCUAAAUAAAGAGCAGUUUCCCAUA